CCUCCACCCAGUGGACAGGGGCGGAGUCCAACCUUCAGGAAGAAGCUCCACCACCGCUGCACGGUUACAGAGGUUAUUACCUGCUGCAAAAAGGAGGAAGAGACAUCUGGACGGAUUUUCUUUUUGAUAGUCCACCGACAUUUCUUCAUUUUCGCCCUGUAGACUGAGAGCGGGUCAACAUGUCUUCGAUGGACUUGGAGAAGCUGAAGAUGACGGGAGCAGGUCGGGCCAUGGCAGUGCUGACCAGCGGUGGAGAUGCACAAGGGAUGAACGCUGCUGUCCGAGCUGUGACCAGAAUGGGCAUCUAUGUGGGGGCCAAGGUCUAUCUUAUAAAUGAGGGGUACCAGGGCCUGGUGGAUGGAGGAGACAACAUCAAACUGGCACACUGGCACAGUGUGACGAACAUCAUCCAACAGGGUGGGACUGUGAUAGGUAGCGCCCGAUGCAAGGCCUUCACAACUCGUGAGGGCAGGCUCGCCGCCGCCUUCAACCUGGUGAAGAAAGGCAUCACCAACCUGUGUGUGUGCGGUGGAGACGGCAGCCUCACCGGAGCCAACAUCUUUCGCAAUGAGUGGAGCGGUCUGCUGGCUGAGCUUGUACAGAAAGGUCGGAUCACAGAUACUCUGGCCAAGCAGCAUGACCACCUGAACAUCGUGGGUCUUGUGGGCUCCAUCGACAACGACUUCUGCGGCACUGACAUGACCAUCGGAGCUGACUCUGCGCUGCACCGCAUCAUUGAGAUAGUUGAUGCCAUCAUGACCACCGCACAAAGCCACCAGCGUGCGUUUGUUCUGGAAGUCAUGGGGCGACACUGUGGAUAUCUGGCCUUGGUGUCAGCGCUGGCAUCGGGGGCAGACUGGCUCUUUAUUCCAGAGGCUCCCCCUCAGGAGGGCUGGGAGGAUCGUAUGUGUGCCCGGCUAGAAGGGAGCCGCCUAAAGGGGUCAAGACUCAACAUUAUAAUCAUCGCGGAAGGAGCCAUCGACAGAAAUGGCGAACCCAUCUCCUCAACUUACGUAAAAGAUUUGGUGGUAGAAAGGCUGGGUUAUGAUACCAGAGUGACCGUCCUCGGCCACGUUCAGCGAGGAGGAACUCCCUCUGCGUUUGACAGAAUACUGAGCAGUAAGUUGGGUGUGGAGGCGGUGGUAGCCCUGAUGGAGGCCUCUCCCGACACCCCAGCCUGUGUCAUCGGCCUGUCAGGUAACCACCCUGUUCGUCUGCCUCUAGUGGAGUGUGUGGAGAUGACUAAGUUGGUGCAGAAGGCUAUGAACGAGAAGAGGUUUGACGAGGCUGUCAAACUGCGUGGAGGGAGUUUUGAGAACAACUGGAACAUCUACAAGCUUCUUGCCUUUCAGAAGCCGGCCCAGAUUAAGACCAAUUUCUCCGUGGCUAUUCUGAACGUGGGAGCUCCGGCUGCUGGGAUGAACACAGCGGUGAGGUCUGCUGUGAGGGUAGCGCUCGCUCAUGGACACAAGGUGUACGCUGUCAACGAUGGCUUUCAAGGACUCGCCAGAGGAGAGGUUUUUGAGAUGGAAUGGCACAGUGUGGCAGGGUGGACAGGCCAAGGGGGCUCACUGCUGGGGACAAAGCGAACUCUUCCAAACAAACACAUGGAGAAGAUUGUCGAAACCCUCGCCAAGUAUAACAUCUCAGCUCUGCUUGUGGUUGGAGGGUUUGAGGGGUACGAAGGUGUGCUGCAGCUGUUUGAAGCCCGGAGUCGCUAUGACGAGCUCUGCAUCCCCAUGUGUGUAAUCCCUGCUACCAUCAGCAACAACGUCCCUGGAACUGACUUCAGCCUGGGAGCAGAUACGGCUGUCAAUGCUGCCAUGGAGGGUUGUGACAAGAUCAAGCAGUCUGCCACUGGGACCAAGAGACGAGUGUUUGUGGUGGAGACUAUGGGUGGAUACUGCGGCUAUCUGGCGACCUGUACCGGUAUAGCUGUCGGUGCUGACGCAGCCUACAUCUUUGAAGAUCCCAUCAACAUCCACGACCUGAAGACCAACGUGGAGCAUUUAACUGAAAAGAUGAAGAAGGACAUCCAGCGUGGUCUUGUACUGAGGAAUGAAAAAUGCCAUGAAAACUACACCACAGAUUUCAUCCAUAAGCUGUAUUCGUCAGAAGGGAAAGGCAUCUUUGACUGCAGAGUCAAUGUGUUAGGACACCUUCAGCAGGGAGGAGCACCUUCUCCCUUUGAUAGAAACUUUGGCACUAAGUUGGGUGUGAGGGCUAUCCAGUGGAUCUCAGAGAGAUUGACUGAAAACUUCAGACAAGAACGCGUGUUCGCCAACUCACCAGACACAGCGUGUGUGCUCGGCCUCAACAGGAAGGUCAUCGCAUUCAGGCCGGUCACUGAACUCAAGGAUGUGACUGACUUUGAACACCGGAUGCCAAAGGUCCAGUGGUGGUUUAAACUUCGGCCAUUGCUAAAAAUGUUGGCCAAGUACCAAACCAGCUUCUGUGAAUACGUCCCUGGAGAGAUCGAACAUGUGACUCGGCGCUCCAUCAGUAUCGACUCUGGGUUCUAAAACAGCCUCCUCUGCACUUUUUAACCCUUAUCUGUCCAUCCUCUGUUCAUACUUUAAGAAUGACUCAGUCAGUGUCAUAGCAGCUACAGUAUUAUAAAAGAGCUAAUCAUGUACUUAAAGCAUUCAGAAUUUGCUGAAUAAAUUCUAUAAGUCAGAUUGUAAAUGUUCUAUAAGAUUACACACCAGGAAAAUCUAAGACAAAUACUGAGCCACAAAUUAUCUGAUCAUGAACUUUUAUUAAAAUAAGUGUAUGUAAUGUUGUUUUUGGAGCUCCUUUUAUAAUUUGCACAGAAAUUAAAGAUUAAGCACUCCAGUGUUUCAUAUGAGA